AUGGAUCCCAAUUCGAAGCACUUGCUUGACGAGAUGAAGAAGUUGGGCGACCGAUUCUCGCUGGUGGAAUCGCACGUCGACAGCCUGGAGGGGUCCCUGGAUGACCGCUUCAAGUUGGUCGAGCAAUCGACCAACAAUCUCGUUGCGUGGCAGCUCGGCGUCGAUGUCACCGUCGCCGAUCUCACCUCGAAACUGGGUGCCGUCGACGACAUCAAGUCCCAACUCAACACCCUCUCCAAGCAACUGGAUCGAGUGGUUCUCGAUCGACAAGCUACGGGUCCGAGCAUCUUCCCAACCCCCGUGGCGGCUGCGGCAUUUCCACCUGCCGGCAACCUGGCCGUCGGCCCUGAUGGGCACCGCAUCGAUUCGACUAACUGGGAGUUUGGGUAUGGUUCGGUCACGACCAUCUCCCACCUCCCGGUCAAGGGGUUCUUCCCCUCAAGGCUUAUGAUAUCAUUCUCGUCUUCUGGGGCCAUUCUUCCUGUUGAGGUGCAGACUCUUAUUGAUCAGUUUGCUUCCCUCUUUGAUGAGCCAUCCUCCCUCCCACCUUCUAGAGCUUGUGAUCAUGAGAUACCAUUAAUCCCUGGAGCGCGACCAGUGAACAUCAGUCCCUACCGCUACCCGCCAGCACUUCGUGAUGAGAUUGAGAAGCAAGUUGCUGAAAUGCUUGACAAGGGGUUGAUACAACCAAGUGCUAGUUUGUUCUCGUCCCCUGUGUUACUUGUCAAAAAGAAGGAUGGGUCUUAUCGCUUCUGUGUUGAUUUUCGUCACUUGAAUGCACUGACAAUUAAAUCCAAGUUUCCAGUGCCGAUAUUUGAUCAGUUGAUUGAUGAGUUGGCUAAUGCAUCUUGGUGGCAUUCUCCAUCCCUGAGCGUGUUCUCCAACGCCAUGUUGCUGCGGGUGCUCAUCCAGUGCUUCAAGGAUUGA